AUGGCAUCAGCUACUCCUCAAGAAAUCCAAGCAAUCCUGAGAGAUGAUCGAAAAUUGCACGACAUUGCCAAAGCAGCUUUUGACGCUGUAGAUGCAGACCAAUCUGGAUUUAUUGACGAGCCUGAGCUGAGAACUGUGAUGUGCAGUGUUGCAGGAGAUAUUGGAAUGGACGCACCGACAGACAGUGACGUAAGGGAUGUUCUAAGAGAACUUGAUACAAAUAGAGAUGGGAGAAUCAGCUUAGAUGAAUUCAAAGUUUUGAUUCGUCAAGUGCUGGAGUUAAUGGCUAGUCAAUAA